UGAGUUGCUCGGCUGAUAGUGAUGGAGUGCUGAAUUUGUGCAUCAGAGCUGGAGCUCUGGCACCGUGAGAGGUGACACGUCUCUAUAUGUGGCCCGUUUAAACACUUAAUUGCGGCCGUUUAUUUGGUGACCCCGAGAGUUCAUGCGCGUUGGUUCCUGCCAGUGGCAAGAGCAAAGGUCGAAGCCGAAUCCACAAACCUCCACACAAACCAGAGGCGCUUUAAUGGACCAAUUAUUGGAUUCCUAAGCACUUCACUUUGUUUUUCUUUUUCCUUGGGAAAAGUGAUGUCGCCUGUGUGUGUGUGUGUGGCUCAACUCCUAAAAAAUGGCUUUAUUGAGGGGAAAGAAAAGCAUUAAAAUGAUUAUUCGUUAAAAUGCACAAUAUGCAUCAUGUGCCAAUAUGUGCAAAAGCCCCAGAUGACUGAUGCAUCCAGUAAAGAGUGUAAUUUGAAUGUGGUAUGAAUGAAUUAUAAGGUUUCCACUUGAACAUUAUUUAUGCAAGACGAUGUAACCGUUCAUAAUAGGUGGGUUAAGUGUCACGGAAUGUGCAAGAUAUGGAAAAUCCCAAAUGUGUGUUUUCUGCUUGCUGUUCUGUGAUAAAUCUAGAGCUGUUGUGGUGGGAUGUGAGUUGGGAGGGGGGUCUCAUUGUAUGUGUGUGUGUGUGUGUGUGUGUGUGUUCUGCUGUCAGUCAGACUAAGGGUUCUUGGUGAGCUGGCCCCGCGCGCUCAUGGAGCCGACGGGGGGAGGAGGGAAGGGGUGGGGAUAUUUAACUUGGGAAAGAGAGGAGUUCUCCUCCAGACGCGCUCAUUCUCCUCUGUCCCAGAUCAGGACCAGGCGAGUAUUUCUUUUUUUUCCCCCCGGACGGCUCUGUGGAGAAGGGAUUUCUGACACAGCGGGGAUAUGAAGGCACCGAGGCUGGAGAACAUGCAGCAGACGUUCGCGGAAACGUGUCGAGGAGUCUGAUUUUAUUUCGGACGUGCGGAACGAGACGCGUUCGAGGUUCCGUUCGAGAGGAGUUCUGCAGGAUCUGUGGAGAGACUAAGCGGCUCUCGUCCCGGUUCAGCAGCAACAGCGCCGGUUCGGCGGGACGGGCUGGAGCCUGUGCGCUCAGAGAGAGAGGGAGAGAGAGCGAGAGAGAGAGUGCGUAAAAAUAACAUUGGCUAAGACGCGCUCCAUUCCGCGGGCGCGCUGACAUUUCAAACGCCAGUUUGGGUGGCACCCGGCAACAGAACCCGAGCAGGCAGUGGAAACGGUGCCAUCCCAUCCUAUUCCCGUUGCCAUGGUGACCCGCCGCCGACAGCUUCGCUAGAGGAAAGUCCGAUGCGGAUACGAUUCGUGUAGCGCACUUGGCACGCCUCACCUGAGCGAGUAUCCCUGCGAAAAACAGCCCAUGUCCCAUGUCAUUCCGGGCCACGCGGCCGUCUAUUAAAAGAUCUCGCUAUUUAUGCGCGGGUGUGUGAGGGCGCAGUGAGGGCCAACUCCACUCCGUUGACAGACAGAAAACGAGUCAUGGGCAGCAUCACCCUGCUGCUCCUGCUCCUGUGCGCGCACGGCGCCGCGGCCCAGCACUACCUGCGCCUGAGGCCCUCGCCCAGCGAGCACCUGCCCGUCCCGGGCCUCAUCGAGGACCCCGACCCGGAGAACGACCCGCGCGAGCAGGACCUCUCGGAGAAGGCGCUGCGCAAGAAGCUGGGCAGCCACUUUGACCCCGGCUUCAUGUCCAUCCACCUGCCCGCGCAGCUCAACGCCAGCGCGCCGCCGGAGCUGCCGCGCCUGCCCAUGCCCGCCGACCUCAAGAAGCUCAACCUGACGGAGACGCCGUACGGCCGGCGCGUCAAGGUGGGCAAGAAGGCGCGGCGGAAGUUCCUGCAGUGGCUGUGGAUGUACACGCACUGCCCGGUGCUGUACACCUGGAAGGACCUGGGCGUGCGCUUCUGGCCGCGCUACAUCAAGGAGGGCAACUGCUUCAGCGAGCGCUCUUGCUCCUUCCCCGAGGGCAUGUCCUGCAAGCCGGUCAAGUCGGUGACCAAGACCUUCCUGCGGUGGUACUGCCAGGGCUUCCUGCGGCAGAAGUACUGCACGUGGAUAUCGGUGCAGUACCCCAUCAUCUCCGAGUGCAAGUGCUCCUGCUGAGAGAGAGAAAGAGAGAGAGAGGGGGAGAGGGCUUACCGAUUAUGAAUGAUUGCACUGUUUACCCACGGACAGGGACGUGUGGCGCCACAUAGCGAAUCUAUUUUUUUAUACGUAUAUAUAUAGCUUUUUAAUUCGAAAUAUAUGACAGCAUAUGUACAUAUUUAAGUGAGAAGAUGACGAUGACGACGAUGAAGAAUGCAGCUAUUUUUGUUAAAGGAUCAGGACCAUAUUCUCACGAGAGGAGCACUUCGGCUCGUGGUUAUUUUUAUGAGAUUAUCGCCAAGACGCGAGAGAGAAGUUCACUUUCCUCAUUCGAACUCUAUUUAUAGAGACUGAAGAACACUAUGCCUAGAGGUUUUGUACAAAUAUUAAUAUCGAUGAUGAUGAUGAUGAUUUGAAAAAAAAAAAAAGGCUGGGCUGAAAAUUAUACACGUGAACCCAGCUUCAUAUAGUAUUUUAGUAAAAAACAAAAAAAGUGUAUGUUUUAUUUAUUGUUUUAACGGUUGUGAGUAUAGAUAAAGAGAUAAAGAGAAUAGAAUAUACCAGAAAUUCUACUUGAAAGUUCUAAAAAUGAAUUUAAGAGAAUAUUAAUAUUAAUAAUAAUAAUGAGAAGAAGAAAAAAACAUGUCAGUGUAAAUGCCAUGGUUUUAGCAAUAAAAUCUGUUCAACUCGGACA